AUGCACCCCCUCACCACAGCUCCCGCCACCUCCUUCCUUCUCACCCUCUUAUUGUUCCUCCACUUAACGACAUCGUUUCCUUCAAAUGGAAUUCGUAAUCUUCCAAACUGCAACCAAACCUUCUCCUGUGGUAACCUCACAAACAUCACCUACCCUUUCACUGGUGGCCAACGUCCAUCCCACUGCGGCCUUCCAGAGCUCCGCCUCGCAUGUGUUAAUGACUCAGUCACCACCCUAACAGCUAAAUCCCUGGCUUACCGAGUCACGCAGCUUAACCAAGUCACACAAACGUUAAGACUCUCACAUUUAGACUUCGAUGAUGACAGUCCAUGCUCCUACCAAUUCACUAACACCACUCUAGAUGACAGAAUCUUCAGUUUUGGUUCCGACCAUGAAACUCUUUCUUUGUUUUAUGGGUGCGAGAACGUAAUUUAUCCUGGCAUGGCAUCAGGUCCGAACCCGACAAACUUUAAUUUCUCCUGUGACACGGAAGGAGAUUCAAAAGAAGGGGUUUUCAUGAUUGGUAAUUUUUCGGAGAAGUUUGAUUGUCAAAGUACUACUCAAGUACCAAUUCUUACGAGUCAAGUAGAUCGACUUCUGGCUAAAGGGUCAUUAGUACUUGGUGAGGUUUUGAGAGAAGGGUUUGAUGUGAGUUAUAGUAAUCCUUACAGUGGUGAUUGUGAUAAGUGUUACAAGCAUUCCAGUAGACAUUGUGGGUUUGAUGCACAGUUGAGUAAACCUAUUUGCAUUUGUAAUGAUCAGCUCUGUCCUGAGAAGUCGAAUAACCGAAAACCACUUACAAUAGGACUUAGCGUAGCAAGUGCAGCAGUUAUUGGUAUCUUUAUGGGAUGCUGGAUCUUGGUUAUGAUGCAACGGAAGAAAAGAAAAUCUGCCCUAGUGAAAAGCAAAGGCCUGCCUUCAGUUACACCUCCUUCAAGCAAAGGCCUUGCUACUUCAACUAGUUUCUCUCGAACCACAGCUUCUCUUACCUCCUCAAAGUCUACCCUUGAUAAGGGUAGUACCUACUUUGGAGUUCGACUGUUCAGCUACAAUGAACUUGAGGAAGCCACUAACUCUUUCGAUUCUUCCAAGGAACUUGGCGAUGGCGGGUUUGGCACUGUUUACCAUGGCGUACUCAGGGAUGGGCGGGUGGUUGCUGUCAAGCGCCUAUACGAGAACAACAUGAGACCAGUAGACACAAAUAGGCAUCGGCAUGAUAUUAAUUUGUCCAACAUGGCAGUGAACAAAAUCCAAAAUCAUGCUUUAAAUGAGUUGGUUGAUCCAUUUCUUGGAUUCGAUAAGGAUUUCGUGGUGAGGAAGAUGGUGACAUCAGUUGCAGAAUUAGGUUUCAGGUGUUUGCAACAAGAGAGGGAAAUGAGGCCAACUAUGGAAGAAGUACUUGAGGCAUUAAAAAGAAUUGAGCAAGAAAAUUAUGGAGCGGGGAGAGCAGAUGUAUUGGAUAUUAAAGACGAUGAUGUUGGGCUAUUGAAGCAUGCUCCUCCCCCACUUCAACUUUCACCAGACUCCUUGACAGAUCAAUUUUGGGUUAACAUAACAGCAACACCAACACAAAGUCCAACAACAAGUCCAGUUUUUCACAUCCGCCGCCGGAGGAAGACUCUUCGGAUGCUACUUUCGAAGAACUCCGAUCUUCGGCGGAGGAUUCCUCGGCGAGAAGAUCAAUCGGAGGUGGAGGAAGAUCCGUUGCCCGAGAAGAAGGUGCGGAGGAAAUUGAAGGAUUUGUUUGUGUCUUCGCCGCCUUUUGAAGAGAAGGAGAGGAGGAGUGGUGAGCGUGGUGGUGGUGAGGAGGUGGGGUUGAUUAGCGGUGGUGGUGUGGCGUUGAGGAGAGGAAGUGGUAGUGGCGGUGGCGCGUUGGGACCGGUGGCGGCGUCGUUUAGAUAUAGGCUGUUAAGGAGAGCUUGGAGACCUGUAUUAUUUACCAUCCCCGAGUAG